AUGAUAUUCGCACUUUCCAUUUUAAUGAUUAUACGACUAUUUUUGAGAGCGCUUCGUGUAUUAUCGACAGGUGAACAUUCAACUUCUCCCAAUUCUUCUUUGUCUUCCACAUCGAAUGCAACAAAUUCUGUCUUCAAAUUUUCUGCCGCAAAAUAUCGCUACUCAAAAGAGGAGAUAUUAUCAUUGAGAAAGUCUGUUACCGAAUCGAUAUCAGAUGAAGUUCGAAAUGAAAUAAUUGAAAAUUUAAAAGAUGUUGAUUCCGUUUAUCGACCAACAAUUAUUGAUCCACUUUCAUUAACGACACCAACCACAGAAGAACUACUUCAUCUGAAUUCUGUAACAAGUUUUGUGUCUGGAAGAACGAGAGAUGGAAAUCGUAUGGGUGGAAAUCAAUCGACUGGAACUACCGAUGGCGGACAACGACGAGGGGGACUACAACAAAAUGGAUCAAGUAGGGGCGGUCAAAAUGGCAGCAGAGGAAGAGGACGUGGCAGUGGACAGAAUGAUGGAUAUUCGAAUCGAGGCGGCAUCGGAACUUCGGAAGAUGUUGAAGGAGAUAUUGGAAGUUCUUAUGGAAAUCGUCCUGUUAAUAAUUAUUCCAGACAAAGAUCAUACGAAGAUCGUGAUCAAUCUCAACAACAACAAACAUUUCGUCGUGGUGGGAGUGGUUUAAAUCGUCAACAAAAUGAUAGUGGCGGUUGGAGACGACCUCGAGAACAAAAUGAUUUUCCGCCAGAGGGGCUUGAAGAUGAGGAAUCAUGGGAUGAGCCACAAGAACAUGCAGUUAACAGUACAUCGUCAUGGACAUCUUCGAAUAACAGAGGAUCUGGUGGAGGAAUGCGUCGCCAACAAGAAUCACGAACAAAAUCAGAUGAAAAAUGGGGUGAUGACAAAAAUAAUUAUUAUGGUGGCGACACAAAUGGUAAUAAUCGCGGUUGGAGAUCUGGUGGCCCGGGCUCUGAACGGAGAUAUGAUGAUCGAAAUUCGGAUUCAACGGAUCGUGGAGGACUACGUCGUGUGCCUCAACGAGUACAACAGAAUAUCACUAGAAGACCGGAUCAACAAGAUCGUAUGCCUGAAUGGAUGGAUGAUGGCGAGGCAGAUGGAGGAGGAAUGACAUUUGACCAAGGAACAUUUAUAUCGACAAAACCUCAAGAGAAACCAUCAGUAGCAUCUCUGUCUGAGAAAAAAUCAACAACAACGUCUACAACUCAAAAUGAUAACCAUACCAAAGAAACAACAAAAAAUAAUCUUGAACGAAAUAUACAAUCGUCAAAGGAACAAGCUGAAGUGGAGAAAAAAGUUAUUCCGCUAACACCCGCUGUUUCAAUUCCGUCUACGAUGGAAUUAACAAAAAAUCCAGAAUCAGAACAGCAGCAACCAAAAUUAACAGCUGUUACAUCAUUAAUCAAUAAUACCCCAAUACUACCAGUUGUAGUAGAGAAUGAGGGAAAUAAAUUUACAUCUAUAGUAAAUCCACCUGUCAAAAUACCUAUUCAAACAAAACCAAAUAUAAAUUGGGAUGAAGAUGCCUAUCAGCCGGCUGACAUCGCAGCGAAGGUUAUUGAAGCGACGCUGGCAGAGGAUCAUGACUAUGUUCCUUCAAGUUAUCUUGCCGAUGUCAAUUUGAAACAGUGGUAUUAUAAAGAUCCUCAAGGUAAUACUCAAGGACCAUUUUCGUCUCAAGAUAUGGAACGAUGGUUCUCAGCUGGCUACUUUACAAUAUUAUUACCGGUUAAACGUAUUGGUGAUAUGCAUUUUACAACCAUUCGAGAUUUAACAGAAAAAUUAGGACAUUUACCAUUUACAACUGCAAGUGGCACAGUUCCUUCUCUCGUCACAAAACAACAGCCUGUCGCCAUCAUUGAACAACAACAACAACAACAACAGCAACAACAUCGAUCGUUACUAGAACGAAUGCAAAAUAAUCCUUCGAAUCAAUCGGGUACAACGUUGAAUACAGCAACUCACACACUUGGUCUUCAGCAACAAUCAUACCAACAAAGACCAUCAUCACAGCCUCAGAUACCGGAACAUUCACUAUUGUUCAGACAUCAAUCAUCCGUACCAGAUGGGAAUCAUCCUGAUUUGACAUCACCCUCCUUAUUUUAUUCUUCACAGUCACCAUCUUCAUUGUCUUUUCAACCAUUUCUACAACACCCACACAUACAAAGUCAAAUUUCAUCUUUUUUAUCAGCAGCUAAUGUAUCCGAACCAAAUAUAGCAGCUUCGUCAUCAAUUCCACAGCCAACAACCAAUGUAUUACAUCAACGUAGUUUAUCAGCAAUACCAGUACCACCUUUAACAAGUAAUCUAUUGUCACAAACUCAACAACAACAGCAACAACAACAACAGAUACCACAAACUCAGUCAUAUGUUCAAAAUCGAGUACAGCAAGGCACUCAAGAACAACAGCAUGCAGGCAUGGAUAGGAAUUACAUAUUUAAAACUGAAAAGGGACUUCUCGAUUUAACUAAACAAAGUCUACAAACGGGUCCGUCUGCAGAUUUACUUCAAGAAAUUCAACGACGUCUAAUUCUUGGUCAACAACACCAGCAAAAUUUAUUUUCUUCCUCGGGCUCUUCUCAGCAACAAUAUGUACAACACACAGCCCCCGAUAUUGUUCAACGUUUAGAAGAAGCAAUGAAAAAUCAUGAACAGCGUGAAAAAGAGAAACAAAAACGUUUCGACGAUGAAAAACGACAAAUUGACGAAGAAAAAAGGAAAUUAGCUCAACAAUAUGAAGAAUUCAGAUUAAAACAACACUUAGAAGAAGAAAAUAAAAGACAACAGCAAAUAAUGAUAGAGAAAGAAUUACAACGCCAACAAGAAAGUAAAAAACGCGAAGAUAAUCAACAAAAAAAUUUAUUAGCCGAACAAAUGAAAGGCAUGUUAAAACAAUUUGAAGAAAAAAAACAACAGCAACAGCAACAGCAACAGUCGUUGUCAUUAUCUUCACCUAUCCAACAACAGCAAAAUUCAUUUUUAACAACUAUCAAAUCGCCAUCACAAAAACUACAACAGCCAGUUGCGGCGACCAUAUGGCAAAAUCUACCAGCUCCUGCCACUGUUGAUCCAAUGUUAGCCUACCAACAAUCGUAUGAAUUUCAAAAACAGCAACAGACAAAAAUCGAAGCGCAACAAGCUGAAAAUAUUCGACGUUACGAAAAUCAAUUGCAACAAUCACAUCAGAUACAACAACAUCAACAUCUGUAUCAAGCACAACAACCAUCUAUUCAUCAUACCCAAUUUAAAUUACCUGAAACAACUAAUUGGGCGAGACAAACUUCGAAUGAUGCAUUUCAACAUAAACCACAAAUGAAUUUCGUUGACAUUCAAAAAGAAGAAGAAUUAAAUUUAAAAAAUCAACCCAAAUCCGAACCAGAACCAAUUUUUCAACGAUCAAGAAAGGACCAACCACAAGUACAUAAACCGAAUUCAUGGGCACAAACGUUAUUUUCAUCGUCAUUAUUAAACGAAUAUGAACCGUCUGAAAAUGUGCAUCAAUCUUCACCUUCAGCCUCUGAUGCUACAACAUCCAAUAUUCAGAAUUACAAUCAACAAGCAACAUCUGCGGUACUAUCCAUUUUAAAUAUUAAUCCAAAAGCUAAUGAAAAACGGGAUCAUAUUAAUCAACGUUUAUCUCAACCUAUGGGAUCCGGUUCAACAAAACCAGCCUGGAAUACCACUAUGAUACCCACACAAAAAUCAUUACACGAUAUACAAAUGGAACAAGCAGCGUCAAAUCAACAACAACAACAACUCAACGAAUUAUCAUCAUCGAAUCAGAAACAACAGCAUCAACCUACUUUCGGUCAAAUUGGAACGAGUUCUGGAGGAUUCAGCUUUUCCUCGGUACCUCAGACUGUUCAAACAUUAGGAACAACAUCAUGGGGAGGCAUAUUCGAGCAACCUCCACAUCAACAACAACAUCACCAAGCAACCUGUUGGGAAGAACAAUUGAAUACAAAAAAAUUUAAUUCAUCAUCAGCUCCAUGGACGGAAUUAAGUGUAUCAUCAUCGCCAUUAUGUCAGACCAAUCCGUCCCCGUCGUCGGCUCGCAAUGGUGAAUUAUCUAAAGUUGAAAAGGAAACCAAAAAUUUGUUUGCUACUCCACGUAGUAUUGAUGCAUUGUCCAAAUGGACACAAGCUCAGUUUGAACAUAAUUCACACGCUGUUGAUGUUCCAACAUUAGUAUCACUACUAAAAGAUAUCGAUAAUGUUGAUGAAAUUGUUGAGUAUGUACAACCUUACAUCAUGGGCUCAACCGAUAAAGCAAAACAAUUUGCAAAUGAAUUUGUUGCUAAACGAAAACAAUUACAAAAUGCUGAACCGACUCUUGAUAGUCAAGAUUUAGAUGAAUUGGCCAUGUCAACAACUGAUGAAGGUUUUCAAUUGGCUUCGUCAAAUGGAAAUAAGAAAAAACAGAAAAAAGUGAAAGGUCAGAAAAUUGAUGUUAAACAACUUGGUUUUACGGUACAAAACGCAGACAAUCGUGGUGAAAUUGAAAAAGUGUCAAUGUGA